AUGAUUAUUUUUUUUCUUAACUUUUUUUUGUUUGUUUUACUCUCAGAGGCAAAUGAUUCAUUAUGUUACAGACAAAUGGAUGGGUUUUAUUGUUUAGAUGAUACCCUCUUUAUUUGGUGUUAUGGCUAUAGUGAAGGAUUUGUAAUGAGAUGUAGUUCUGGAACAUUAUGUAAAUGUGGAUUUACUCGAGAAAAUCCUUGUUUGUUGAGUAUGCAAGAGUCUGAUGAUUGUGUUGGUAAUCCAGGAGAUAUAAAAAAUUUAACAUUUCAACCAUCAAUAUAA